AACAACAAACAAGAAGAAGCAGUGCAAAGGAGCGCCGCCGCCACUGCCUUCCUUGCCACCUCGACCAGCAGCAAAACGCCGCCAAAAUGCUUCCGUUCCGGCGUGGAGCGGCCUGGCAAGCGCUCUUCCUGCUCUGCGCACUCGCAUAUUGCAUAAAUGAGGCCAGCAGCGAGGGUCGCGUCGUUUGUUAUUACACGAACUGGAGUGUUUACCGUCCGGGUACGGCAAAAUUCAAUCCGCAGAAUAUUAAUCCAUAUUUGUGUACACAUUUGGUCUACGCAUUCGGUGGAUUCACCAAGGACAACCAGAUGAAGCCCUUCGACAAGUACCAGGACAUUGAGCAGGGUGGCUAUGCAAAGUUCACCGGCCUCAAGACCUACAACAAGCAGCUGAAAACGAUGAUUGCCAUUGGCGGCUGGAACGAGGCCAGCUCUCGUUUCUCUCCGCUGGUCGCCAGCAACGAGCGCCGACAGCAGUUCAUCAAGAAUAUCCUCAAGUUUCUGCGACAGAAUCACUUUGAUGGCAUCGACCUGGACUGGGAGUAUCCGGCACAUCGCGAGGGCGGCAAGUCACGUGACCGCGACAAUUACGCCCAGUUUGUGCAGGAGCUGCGGGCGGAGUUUGAGCGCGAGGCCCAGAAGACGGGACGCACUCGUCUGCUCUUGACCAUGGCCGUGCCAGCGGGCAUCGAGUACAUUGACAAGGGCUACGAUGUGCCCAAGCUGAACAAGUAUCUGGAUUGGUUCAAUGUCCUCACCUACGACUUCCAUUCGUCGCACGAACCAUCCGUCAACCACCACGCACCGCUCUACUCUCUGGAGGAGGACUCCGAGUACAACUACGAUGCCGAGCUGAAUAUUGAUUACUCCAUCAAAUACUACCUAAAGGCGGGCGCCGAUCGGGACAAGCUCGUCCUGGGCAUUCCCACCUAUGGCCGAUCCUACACACUGAUCAACGAGGAGAGCACAGAGCUGGGAGCCCCCUCGGAGGGUCCCGGCGAGCAGGGCGAUGCGACACGGGAGAAGGGCUAUCUGGCGUACUACGAGAUUUGUCAGACGCUCAAGGACGAUCCCGAGUGGACGGUGGUGCAGCCGAAUGCGAAUGUAAUGGGCCCCUAUGCCUACAGGCGCAACCAGUGGGUGGGCUACGACGACGAGGCCAUGGUGCGAAAGAAGGCCGAGUACGUGGUGGCCCAUGGCCUGGGCGGCAUCAUGUUCUGGGCCAUAGACAACGACGAUUUCCGUGGCACAUGCAACGGCAAGCCAUAUCCCCUGAUCGAGGCCGCCAAGGAGGCCAUGGUGGAUGCUCUUGGACUGGGCAUCAACGAGGUGGCCAAGCCGAGUGGACCCCAGAAACCAUCGCGUUCCCGCAGUCGCGACAAUGCCGGACAAAACAGGAACCGCCUGAAUGCCAAGACAGAGCCACCGACGCCGGCCAACGCGAGGCGAGGCCAAAGCGGUGGACGUCGCACCGGCACCAGCAGCAGCACAGCACCACCGCCACAGAGCACCACCUUUAGGCUGACGGAGGCCGAGGGCUCAUCGCUGUACAUUGGAGGACGUGGCUCGACCACGCCACCGCCACCGACCACACCCGAUCCGGGAUCGGACUUCAAGUGCGAGGAGGAGGGCUUCUUCCAGCAUCCGCGGGACUGCAAAAAGUACUACUGGUGCCUGGACAGCGGACCCUCGGGCCUGGGCAUUGUGGCCCAUCAGUUUACGUGCCCCUCGGGACUGUACUUCAAUCCGGCAGCGGAUUCCUGUGACUUUGCCCGCAAUGUGCCAUGCAAGACCAAGAAAUCCACCACAGCAUCGCCUCCUGUGACCUCCACGACGAAGACGACGACAACGACUACAGUGCGACCCAAUCGGGUGACAGCUGCCCCACCAGCACGACCCAUCUAUGCACCACGCACCACCAGCAGCACCUCGACCACAACCACAACCACUGCAGCGCCGCCAGCUGAGGAGGAGCUGGAGUACGAGGAGGAGGGCAGCCUCACCGACGAGGAGCAGUCGCCCGGGGAAGAGGAUCCGCAGGUGAUCAAGGAGCUGAUCGAUCUCAUCCGCAAGGUGGGUGGAGUCGAGCAGCUGGAGAAGCAUCUGCUGCGCAACAAGGACGGCUCCAUCACGCUCAAGGAGAACUCCGCCAGCGGUGCACCGACCACACCCUCGACCAUCAGCAAGUCCCUCUACGAUCGCGUGCUCAGUCGCCCAGGAACACUCAACUCAUUCACGCGCAAUCGAUUUAAGAUCAACGAGGGUCCAACUGCAGCCCCAGAGACCAGCACCGAGAGCAGCGCCUCCAACUCGAACUACUCCAAGUACUCCUCGGUGUUGAGGGGCAACAGUCGCCAGGGACCGCAGAAUGAGGGCAUCGAGAAGCUCACGGAGUUCGAUGGCUUCCUGAAGGAGCGCAAGCAGUAUGUGACCAUCAAUCGGCAUCGUUCGUCCAGCCAGGGCGAGGCCGAGGCUGAGUCCGAGUCCGAGGAAGCAGUUGAGGAGCAGUCCGAGCCGGAAACCACCACCCGACGAGCCAUCAGUGCUGCCACGCCAUCAUACACCAGUCUGAGACGCUCGCGACCCUCCAGCACAGCGGCCCCAGUCGCAGCAGAAUCAUCCCAGGAGGAGGAGCAGGAGGACGAGCAGGUGGUGCAGUCACUUAGCCAAGUGAAAUCCUACGCCAGCUUGAGCCGCACGCGGGGACGCGGCACCACCGAGAAGCCAGAGGCCACCACCAGCACCACGGCAACGGAGUCAACAACCAAUCGCUACAAAUACUUUGAACGCACAAGGCCCACGAAGAGCGGCAAUAGUGGUGCUGCUGCCGCCGCAGAGGACGCUGCCGCCGAUGCCGAGGAGGAUGAGGAGGAGUACGAGGAUGAGCCGCAGCAAAAUGUUACGGUACAGAGCAAACAGAGUCUCACAAGCAACCAAAAUACACGUAAAUAUGCGAGCAUUGGUCGCAGUAGAACAACAACAACCACUACAGAAACAACACCAGAAACCACAACAACAACAACAACAACCACCAAAGGCACAGAGACAGCCAAGGCCAGCACCACCACCAACAACAACAGCAACAACAACAUCAACUACAACUACAACAGCAGCUACAAUGUGAAACAGAAUAACAACAACAACAGCCAAACAAUACCAACAACAACAGCAGAAAGCACUACAACACCACCUCAACCACCGAGCACCCCCACCACCACCACCACCCAACCAGAAACCACAACUAACGAAACCACUGAACCAAUUGAAAGCACCACAACAACCACCACUAACCAGCACACCUCACCCACACCCACAGUCACACCCACACCCACACCCACACCUACACCAAUUUUAGGAUCCGCCAACAGCAUUGACUCAGACUCUGUGGCAACCACUGAGCCACUGGGCGAUGCCUCUCCCACAAUCCCAGAAGUCCUUGACGUAGCCAUCAGUACAACGACGACAGCAACAGAGCCCGAACUGGGAACAACAACACCCACAACGACAACGACAACCACAGAAACCACAAUCACUGGCAACACCGAACGCAAUGACGUGGACGUGGACGACAGUGACGACAGUGAGGUAACAAAAACCAAGACACAAUACACAAAGUAUGCAAACACAAAUCGCAGACGUGUGACCACAACGGCGACAACAACCACCAACAGCAACAACAGCAACAGCAACAGCAACAACAAUCCAGAAGCUGCGAUCGAUGCUAGUCGAAACGGUUUGAAUAGCAUUAGCAACACUAACGUAAAUAGCAUUAGAACCAACUACUCUGGUAGAAGGCAACCACAAAGAACCACCACCACACAGACAACGAACACAGAACCACCCACAACUAACCCGAAUACGCUGGGUAGCGUAUCUAGUCCGAGACCCUUUGGUUAUCCCAGACGGCGCACACGACCCACAGUCCAAAGCACCACUAGCACCACAACGAUAAACGAUAGCAACUCAAACGAUAACUCAAACGUAAACGCAAACGAUAAACAGAUAACAGAUGCAGUUGUGAAUGUAGUGAAGAAGACACGACUAUCCCAAGUGGAUAGGCCCAAGAAUCGUUAUCAAUUGAACCGCAGCAGAGCCAGCAGCAGCAGCAACACAGAGAGCAGCACCACCAGCACCACCAGCACAGUGGCAACACCAUCCACGGCACGUCGCUUGGCCUUUGGCAGCAGGCAGCGUGUGCAGCAGGUAACUAAAUUAAACCAAGUCGAUGAUGAGCAGACUGAAGAGAAUGAACAGACUAAGGAAAGCGAAGAGGAUGAAGACACAGACACCGACACCGACACCGAUACCACAACGGCAGCAACUGCAACAGCAACAGCCACCACCAGCAGCAGCAGCAGCAGCAGCCUCAGGCCGACACCAAAGCGCAUACGCGUACUUAAAUUUCGACGACCCAUUAAUACAACAGACAGCACAGCCACUAAUAGCGCCACUGAGACAGAAAACCACACGAACACAAGCACAAACAACAGCACAGUAGACACCACAGCAACCACAGUGACAACAGUGACAACACCCGCCACAGUAAACACCAACAGUACCAAGCGUUUCCGUAAGAUUGUGCGCAAGCUUAGACCCGUAGAAACCGGGCCCAGUCCCAGUCCCAGUCCCACCAGCAGUGGUGUUGCUGGUGCUGAGGAGAGCGCCACCACACAUAAGCCCUUUGUGCCCAGCCACACGCGAUUUGUAGGCGGGGAUGGGCAGGACAACGAUCUGCUUAAUCUGCGACAACGCCUCAAGGAGCAGCAGGCCAAGGGCGAACCACUCGAUGGAGUGUUGAGCACACGCCUGAAGCCAGCUGCGGGAUCGGCACAGAAGUCGGGAACAGAGGAUCAGGAUAUAUCGGAGCUGCAGCGAUUGAGGGACAAGGUGAAGGCCGAACAGGCACGGGGCACUGGCGAACAGGGUGUGAUCAACGAUCGCCUCAAGAAGCUGCUGGCCGAGAAAACGGACAAGUCUGAGAAAUCGGAGAUCAGCGGCGACAAUGAGGCACCACCACCCACGGAGGUCUCCGCGCGGCCCUUCUUCAAGCGCAAGCUGGUGGCCAGAAGACCCUACACACCCGCCGCAGUGGCAGCAGCAGGUGGCACCACCACCACCACCACAAAGGCGCCGCUCAGCUUCAAUAGCUCACGACCCACACCGAAGUUUGUGCGGCGCAAGAACGGACGCUUCGAUCCAUUCAACUCGAGUGUCCGCAACAGGGGCGAGGGAUUCGUGCGCAGCGAUCCCCGAGGAUCCCGUCUGCCCGGUGCCGACCGCUUCAAGGCGCAAAAGGGAGCAGGAGGAAACGAGGAGGAGGGUGAGGAUGAUGACGGGGAGGAGGAGGAGGAGGAGCAGAGCGAGGAGGCUGUGGAGGCGCAGCAGGAGCAGCCGCUGAACAAUCGCCCGCUGGGCGCUGCCGGUGGAGCCCUGAGGAGGCCUUUUGUGCCCAAAGCCCGAACCCAGCCACAGUCACAGAAGGGCAAGGACGAGGAGAGCGAGGAGGAGGACGAAGAGGAGGAGGAAGACGACGAAGAGGAUGAGGAGGAGGACGAAGAGGCAAAGCCACAGACCCAGACACAGACUCAGACAGAGGAAGGCAGCGGCACGCCCAAGCCAAAGUUCAAUAAUCCCUACCGCCCCAAGGACAAUCGCGCGCUGCCCGGCAGUCGUCCGAGCUUCGCUCCCACAGCGGGUGGUGGGGCCACUGGGCCCGGCGGAAGCAAUGUGCCCUUCAAUCCACGCGGUCGCCAGCCCAACUCCUCGACGGCUAAUGGCCCAGGGCCAGGCUCCGGGUCCGGCAAUCGCUUUGGCGGCAGCACCAAGCGACCCCGCGUGGUCAAUCGACCGCCGGGCGUGGCCACGCCCAACCUGACGCUGCGGCCUGUGGCCAGCGACUAUGAGCGCACCACACCGCUGACGCCGCUGAAGCCGGCGGUGUUCAUUCCCAGCAACACGAGGAGCUACGAGCGCAAGUACACGGGACCCUCCACAGAGGCCACGGAAACGGCCAGCGAGAACUCGCUGAUCGAGGACCUGAACAUCGAUGCAUUGAAUGCCAGGAACAAGAAGAUCUUUGAUAUUAACAGCAAGAAGCACACGACCCUCAAGCCGAAGGUGGUGAAGGUGGACACGGUGGAGACGGUGGAGACGGGAACGGAGGUGGAGACUGGCACUGAGAUGGAGACCACAGAGCAGGUGGCCCAGGAGCAGGAGCAGGAGCAGGAACAGGAACAGGGCUAUGUGACAACCACACCAAGCACACCACCCACCACACAGCCAGACACCAGCAACAGCAACACCAACACCACAGACACCACUCCAACCACCGAAACAAGCAUUGAAACAGAUACCGCACCACCACAACAAGCACCACAAGAACAAGCACCACAGAUACCACCCACCACCAUCACCAACGAGACCCACAAUGCUAAUGAAGCCUCCUCUUCACCCCCACAGGAUCAGACAACCACCAGCACCACCCAAUCACCGCCGCCGGCCACCACACUGCUGCAUGUGUUCACCCUGCUCGAGGGCGAGGGUGAGGGCGAGGAGCAGACGGCCUCCACCUCCACCAGCAGGCCGCCAAAGGGCGCGCCGUACCCAGCCAGUGUGGGACGUCAGACGAUUGCCGAGCCCAAGCACAAGCUGAUCGAGAUCAAUCGCAUUGUGGAGAUCAACUCGAAGCAGGCGAAGGCCGCUCAGCGGAAGUCCAAGGCCAAUCAGCAGGACUUUGGCAUGCUGCGGGUGGAGUCGCUGCCCCACGUGGAGCAGCUGGGCGAGAUCAGUGUGGUGAAGUACGUGCAUCUGGUCGAUGGCAGCGCCAUUCAGAUCAACGAUGGCCACAGCACCGUGGCCGACUACACGCCCACCGAGCCCACAUCCACGGCCUACCGCAGCCCCCCCUCGGCACCCGUGCGGAAUACGCUGCCACUCAAUGCAGAUUCAGAUGCAGAUCGCAGUGGAAAGUCCCUGCUGCCGGAGGUGAUCAGUGGUGCCCUGGAGACAUCCACCAUCUCGCUGGAGGGCCUCUUCGAUUCGGCCCGCAAGGGCAAGCAGCUGAACAGCAACAGCUUGCUGCAGGAGGAGACAGAGGAAGCAACGACCAUUGAAAGCGAAACCACAGUGGUGCCGACCGCCGCCACAGCCACCGCUGCCGCACAGGCCACAUACGUAAGACCCAUUGUACCCCUACUGCGUCCCGAGUCCAACGAAUCCUCUCCCCUAGUCAUCUCGAUAGCCAAUCUCGAUAAGGUCAUACUGAGCAAGGUGCAGAAAUCGCUGGCCGAGUCAAAGGCUGCUGGUGCCGAAGAGAGCACCACCAUUGCCACAGAUGUCGAUGUUGAUGCCGCCAACGCCAGCAACGAUUCGAAUUCGGCGUUCUCUGUGCGACAUGCCUCAGUGCUGCAGGCACCAAUACCAACAACCGAUAGCAACACUCAACACAAAACACAACAGCAACAACAACAACAACAACAACAACAACAACAACAUAAACAAGAAACAACAACCACAAUUGACAAUCAACAGCUGCCGCUGGGCAGUGGCGCUAUUAGUGGACAAGACACAGCAACAACAAUUAACACUCAACAACAGCUGUCGCGCAACAACGGUGGCAACACCACACAAACAACAGCCACAGCAACAACAGCCACAGCAACAAAAGCAACAACAACCACAGAUAAUAACAGCAACAUUGGCAGCAGCGUGAGCGAGAUAGUCAGCUUUAGCACAGAGACCCAUGUGGUGCAUCGCAAGAAGAAGGCGGGUCGCAAGGGGCGUGGCCGCAGGCUGCGCAAAAGAACAACAACAACAACCACAGCGCCAAGCACAUUGUCGGACGACACCACAGUGGUGCCGCCACAGUAGGGCUUUAAAACAUUCCCUGCCCACCCCCCCCCACCACACCCCCACACACACGUAGUUAGUUAUUUCUAGUCUUAUCUACCCAAGAGCCCUCUGUCCCCCGUACCCCGUCCCCCCCCCACCACGCCAUUGCGCUCGUGUUGCAAGCAAGCCUCACACCUUGCUGCCCCUUGUAAAUAAUUGGCUGCGUUGCUUUGCCUUUGAACUAACAGCAAAAGCAAACAUACAGAAAAAAUCGCAAAAUUCGUUUGGCGUUAAUUUUUUCAAAUUUUUUAAUUUUCUUAACUUAAAAAAAAACCAAAAUUGCCCAUUUUCAAGUGCUGCCUGCUUUUCGGAAUAUUCUCCAUUUCUAUUUCAUUUCUAUAUCUAUAUCUAUAUAUAUUUUUUUUUUGUUAAUAUAUUAUUUAAACAAUUCGUAUUCUUCAAGCUGCCAUACCUAAACAAACACAUACACAGCCAAACAACACAUACACACACACAUACUGACACACACAUUUAAACAUUCAACCAUGCAGAUGCGAAAAGUCUUUCCUUGGUUCAAUCAAAUCAAUCAAUCAAACAAUCAAUACGACCCCCAGUGGAUGAUGCCUUAACUUAUACCUGAAAGUUACCAGAAAAAAAUUCUUUUAAAUUUUUGUUGCUUUUGUUUUUACCAUGCGCAGUUUCUUUCCUCUUUAUUUCUCUACACUCUUCUUUCACCCUCUUCUACAACUCUUCUACGACUAUUCCUCUAUCCGAAAAACAAAUAUCUUAAGUAUAGCUCUAGUUGUAAAAUAUUUAUGCACAACAAUAAAAUAAUGAACAAAAAAGAAACCAACAAUUAUACAUAUUUUAUACAUAUUAUUUGC